CACACAACAGCUUUUAUGAUUUAGUCACUUGACAGGCAGCAGUUAAGGCCGGUUAAGGCCACUUUAAACUGUAAUUUGAAGCUUUUAAACAGCUGUAUUAUCAUUACACGGAAUAAACCUUCAAGUGGACCCUCUGUGUGUAUUUAAGGUGUUGAAAUAAUGGAGAAUGGUGAAGGAGAGACAACAGGUGAAUCAAAGCCAGGGCCUCGAACACAGCGGCUGUGCCGGUUCUUCUCUCAAGGGAGACACUGCAAUUUUGGGAAGAAAUGCAGAUUUCUGCACGAAAGAGAUGAAGCCAAAGUUCAUGAGAAGAAAGCAGAUGGGACAGCCUGCCAGUCUGACAUUGUGCCACACCACUCAGAGGUCCCUGGUACAGAUGUGGGGCACAGGCCUGCACCCAGUAAAAACAACUCCAGGGCUGCCCCAGCAGCUGGCCGCCGUCCCUGCCGUUACUUUCUCUCAGGGCACUGCACCAUGGAGGACAGAUGUCGCUUCUGGCAUCCACCACAUUUCCCUCCAGUAGAUGACCAGCCUGUUCCUGGAAAUCACGCAAGACCUGUGCAGAGGAUGCCAACAGUGCCCCGCCCUGACAUCCUUAAGGAGGUCAAGCUGUGUGACCUGACAGAGGAUGUCGCCAAGAAGCUACUAGACACAGAGAUCAAGCAGCUGAAAAAGCGUUUUCCCAAAGACCAGCUCAUUAUUCAAGAACGGAGCGAUGGCAUGGUUACUUACUACAGGGUGACUGUAGAGGCCACUGAUCCAGACUGGCCUUUUGAUCUGAAAGAAAUUGACAUCAUGGUGAGCUUUCCAGACAAUUACCCUCAGGAGAUUUUCACGUUGGACAUACCAUGUGACCAGAAUCUGCCACCAGUGAUGUCAAGACAUGUACAGGAAGCAUCAUGUGAGUGGCUUCAGGCCAAGCAUGCAACCAAUCAGCUUCUGGGAAAAGUAGAGCUGCUCUUUCGGCCAUUUCUUCGAUGGCUAGAUCGUAGUUUGGAGAGACUGUUCACUGAAGGAGCCAGGCAGUUAAAAAAAGACAUUGAUUUAGAAAAAGCUGGAUUGCAGUUCAUACCAUAUCAGGAGCUCCAGGCAACAGUGUGUGAAAGACCUGAUGAUGCAGAACAGGGUGCCAGUGAUGAAGGAGAAGCUGAAAACACAGAAGACGAGAGGAAAGUGGAGGAAGGACAGGAGGGUCCAGGUUGUGAUGACAGACAGCAGCAGCAGGAGGAUGAAGAGGAGAAAGCCAGUCAUGUAGUGGAAAACAUUAAGAUCAGUGAUCCCCGCAGAGGCACAGAGGUGAAGCUGCUGGGACUGAGGCUCGGAGAGAACACCGCCACUGUAGUGGCCAGACAGAUCACAGUUUGUCUUCAGUGUAAUAGGUGUAAGGUAACUGCAGACCUGACACUGACUGGAAGGACACCAUGCACAGCUCAGUGUGAAAAGUGCAGUGCAAACAUCAACGCUGCAUUCAGGCCUUGCAUGCUGCACCAUUACAGUGAUGUUUUGGGAUACCUGGACUUGCACAAUACAACACCUGCUGACCUUGUGCUUCAAGACUGUGAGCUGACUGUGGGAUGCCUCAGCUGCUCCCAGGAUGGCCCUUUCCAGAAUGUUUCUUAUGGGCAAACAAAGGAGUUUAAUUGUGAACACUGCCACAGCAAACUCAGCAUCCUGGCUGAGAGCACAAGAUUCCAGUAUAUUCAGCCACGUACCAACAAAACAGGUUCUAGUGCCUCUGCUAUUGGUUAUAAGACUAUAAGAGAUCCUGCUGUGCAAAAGGGGAAGCCGCUGCCAGAAAAAGGAACAUGUAAACAUUAUAAACAGAGCCAUCGCUGGUUAAGGUUCCCCUGCUGCGGUCGGGCAUACCCCUGUGAUGUGUGCCAUGACGAGGACCAGGACCACCCCAUGGAACUUGCCACAAGGAUGAUCUGUGGCCACUGUGCCAAAGAGCAGCCGUAUAACAAUGGGAAGCCUUGCAUCUGCUGUGGAAGCAUGAUGACGAGAGGUGCACGCACCAGCCACUGGGAGGGAGGACUGGGAUGCAGAAACAAAGUCAAAAUGAACAAAAAUGAUCGACAAAAAUAUGCCAACACCAACAAGACGGUUUCAAGGAAGGCAGCUGGUGACAAGAAGUAAAUGGUUGAGAAGAGAAUUAUUGACAUUAUGUAAUACAUAAUCCACGAUUUCAAUAAAAUUGUUAAUUUUCUCAAAUAAAUCAUGUUAUAAUGAU